UUAUUUUUUAUUUUUUUUUAGGCGAGGGGAGGAGGAAUAAGGAAGGAGGCGGCGGAGCCGGCUGGGCUCGGGUAACCGCGGGUGCUGUGCAGCACGACGGAACCCACUCUCCGGGAUACCUGUCCCGGGCUGAGCCCGGCACCUGGAGCUGACGCUACCGGGGGAAGCCGUUGGAGACGGCGGUUGUACAGAAAUUACCUCACGCUAUUCCCGGCUGGCGCCCGGUAUUAAUUCCCGUGACCUCUACAGUAACAUGGAUAUGCAACUCUUUUCGAUCAAGGAAGCAGUCAGAUCACUAGGGACAAAGCACAUAUCUACAGAUCAACCUGUUGCCUGGAUCUUCUAUAUAGGCAGUGAGAAGUACCUCAGCUGCAGGGCAAAAUACAAGGACAUAAGCUACUGACCUCCUCUUAGCAUCAGGACCCUACACUUCACCAUCAAUUAAGAGCAAUUGAAAACCACCUCUUGGAAAAGCUCAUCAACCCAUGACAUCAGUGGACACCUUUUGUAAAACACAUUUUAUGUACUUCUACUGAGACACUUUUUCUACCUACCACAUGAUUCUAUAUUACUUACUGGGCACUGAUGGUAGCCUCCAGAAAGUGCAGCUUCAAAUGGUCAACCUCAUCCUUUAGCAAGAAGAAAAUCUGGAUACUGGACAGCAACAAAGUCUUCAGAGAAAAUGGUAUACGAAGGAAAACGAUUAGUUUCCUGCCAUUGUUUCUUCCUGUUAACAGCCAAAUUCUGCUGGAUACUCACCGUGAUGCAAAGAACUCAUGGCCAGGAAUAUGCCCACUCCAUCCGCCUGGAUGGGGACAUCAUCUUGGGAGGACUGUUCCCCGUCCAUGCAAAAGGGGAUAGAGGGGUGCCUUGUGGGGAGCUCAAGAAGGAGAAAGGGAUCCACAGACUAGAGGCAAUGCUGUAUGCAAUUGAUCAGAUUAAUAAAGACCCUGAUCUUCUCGCCAAUAUCACCUUAGGUGUCCGGAUUCUUGAUACGUGUUCCAGGGACACUUACGCAUUGGAGCAAUCCUUAACAUUUGUGCAAGCGUUGAUAGAAAAAGAUGGUUCAGACGUGAAGUGUGCUAAUGGUGACCCACCUAUUUUCACUAAGCCAGACAAGAUAUCAGGUGUGAUAGGUGCUGCAGCAAGUUCUGUGUCCAUUAUGGUCGCAAAUAUUUUAAGACUUUUUAAGAUACCUCAAAUCAGCUAUGCAUCUACAGCUCCAGAACUGAGCGAUAACACCAGGUAUGACUUCUUCUCUCGAGUGGUCCCACCAGACUCCUACCAAGCACAGGCCAUGGUUGACAUUGUGACGGCCCUUGGGUGGAACUACGUGUCGACGCUGGCUUCUGAAGGCAACUAUGGAGAGAGCGGCGUAGAGGCAUUCACCCAGAUCUCCAGAGAAAUUGGAGGUGUUUGCAUUGCUCAGUCACUCAAAAUCCCCCGGGAGCCAAGACCAGGAGAAUUUGAGAAGAUCAUCAAGCGCUUGUUGGAAACUCCAAAUGCUCGAGCAGUGAUCAUGUUUGCCAAUGAAGAUGAUAUUAGGCGAAUACUGGAAGCAGCCAAAAAAGCUAAUCAAUCUGGCCAUUUCCUCUGGAUUGGCUCAGAUAGCUGGGGGUCAAAAAUUUCACCGGUUCAGCAGCAGGAGGAGAUUGCAGAAGGAGCAGUAACCAUUCUGCCCAAAAGAACUUCAAUAGAUGGAUUUGAUAGAUAUUUUCGGAGCCGAACGCUUGCUAACAAUCGAAGAAAUGUAUGGUUUGCAGAAUUUUGGGAGGAGAACUUUGGAUGCAAGUUAGGAUCACAUGGAAAAAGAAAUAGCAAUAUCAAGAAAUGCACAGGCUUAGAAAGAAUUGCAAGAGAUUCAUCCUACGAGCAAGAAGGAAAAGUUCAGUUCGUAAUUGAUGCUGUAUAUUCCAUGGCCUAUGCACUACACAACAUGCAUAAAGAUCUCUGUCCUGGAUAUAUUGGUCUAUGCCCAAGGAUGAGCACAAUUGAUGGUAAAGAACUACUUAGCUAUAUACGGGCUGUAAACUUUAAUGGGAGUGCUGGAACACCCGUUAUCUUCAAUGAAAAUGGAGAUGCUCCUGGACGCUAUGAUAUUUUUCAGUAUCAAAUCACCAACAAGAGUACUGAAUACAAAGUAAUUGGUCAGUGGACAAAUCAACUUCAUCUAAAUGUAGAAGACAUGCAGUGGGCUAAUAGACAACACACUCAUCCAGCAUCUGUCUGCAGCCUGCCUUGUAAAGCCGGGGAAAGAAAGAAAACUGUGAAGGGAGUGCCCUGCUGCUGGCACUGCGAACGCUGUGAGGGGUACCAUUACCAGGUGGAUGAAUUCAACUGUGAACUGUGCCCCAUCAAUAAGAGACCAAACGCCAACCGUACGGAUUGUCAGCUUAUCCCUAUAAUCAAACUGGAGUGGCAUUCGCCUUGGGCCAUCGUGCCAGUCUUCAUAGCUAUUCUCGGUAUAAUUGCCACCACCUUUGUGAUUGUGACAUUUGUCCGGUACAACGACACACCAAUCGUCAGGGCCUCUGGACGGGAGCUCAGUUAUGUGCUCUUGACUGGGAUUUUUCUCUGUUACUCCAUUACUUUUUUAAUGAUUGCGACUCCUGAUACAGUGGUCUGCUCGUUUCGAAGGAUCUUUCUAGGACUGGGCAUGUGUUUCAGCUAUGCUGCCUUGCUUACCAAAACAAACAGGAUUCACAGAAUAUUUGAACAAGGCAAAAAAUCUGUCACAGCUCCCAAAUUUAUUAGUCCAGCUUCCCAGCUGGUGAUCACUUUCAGCCUCAUAUCCAUGCAGCUUAUUGGAGUCUUCAUCUGGUUUGCUAUAGAUCCACCACAUAUCAUCGUAGACUAUGGAGAGCAGAGGACACUUGAACCAGAAAAUGCCAGGGGAGUUCUCAAAUGUGAUAUUUCAGAUCUUUCUCUCAUUUGUUCCCUUGGAUACAGUAUUCUCUUGAUGGUCACAUGCACUGUUUAUGCUAUUAAAACAAGAGGGGUUCCAGAGACCUUCAAUGAAGCAAAACCCAUUGGAUUUACUAUGUACACAACCUGCAUAAUUUGGUUAGCUUUUAUUCCAAUCUUUUUUGGUACGGCCCAAUCAGCAGAGAAGAUGUACAUCCAGACAACAACACUUACUGUCUCCAUGAGUUUAAGUGCUUCUGUGUCUCUGGGCAUGCUCUACAUGCCCAAGGUUUAUAUUAUCAUUUUUCAUCCAGAGCAGAAUGUUCAAAAACGGAAGCGGAGCUUCAAGGCUGUAGUGACAGCUGCCACAAUGCAAAGCAAACUGACCCAAAAAGGAAAUGACAGACCGAAUGGCGAAGUCAAAACUGAACUGUGUGAAAGUCUUGAAACCAACAGUAAGUCAUCUGUAGACUUUCCCAUGGUCAAGAGUGGCAGCACUUCCUAAUAGAUCCUCCUCUACCAAGACAACUUAUGUCAGUUACACCAAUCAGGCAAAUUGAGCAGGAAUGAAAUUCACUGGAAGACCUGCAGGAUGGGAUCUUGCAAACAAAGACUUUACCACCACCAGAAUUCAGUCUUGGAAAUAUCCAUAGACUACGUUCAAAUCAAUAGUCAGUCUCCUAAAGGACAAGAAUUAAAACAAGAGGCAAAAAGAGACAGGGGAAGGAAAAGUCCAGUUUUAUAACAUAGAGACAGAGCUUCAAGCUUCUGAACUGUUCACUCACUAAAGGAAGCAAAUCACAAAAGGAAAACAAAUGUUAGCUUGUGAAAAAAAUGCUGUUGAAAUAAAUCAUGUCUGAUGUUAUAUUUGUAAGUACUUUUUUGUGAUUGUGACAAUUUCCUUUCCUGUCCUACAUUGUUCAACUUGUAAAAGAAAAUGAGUUUGUUUCUUGUGACGGCUGACUGAAUUAAGUCCUGGGUUAUGCUAAAAUAAAUGCAAUGGUCAACGCAUGCUAAUUUUUAUACAAAGUAAUUUAUUUCUAAUAAUAAAGGAAUGUUUUGCAAAUGUU